AGGGGUGGGGGCGGGGCGUUCCGUGUGGCACAGUUGAAGGAGGCAUGCAGGUUUUGUUUCCACUCUCAAGGGAUGGUCUUGCGUUUUAGAGUUCACAGCCCUUCGUGAUUACAUCACUCCACGGUGUCAAAAGGACCGUAGCCACGGAGCACCGAAGCUGAUGCUGUGGAAGGAAGUCACAGAGAAAGGACGCUAUCUGAAGGAUUACAGAGAGAUCAGAGAGACUGGAAAGGACACAGCCAGAGGCUGUGCCUCUCAGAAGUAGGCAGCAGCCAGCCACCCUUCCUACAGCCAGCAUAGAUCUGGAGCUAAUGCCUUGACUCCAUAAUGCCAGACUCCCAUGUGAGGGUCGGCGUGUCAGGGAAGGCUGCUAAUGGACACAGGCCGCACACCAUCAACCGAUUCACAAUGGCCAUGCCAGUGGCAGCCUCUGUGAGACACUCUGCCUCCUCCUUGUCUUCGCUACAGAAAUACCAAGUGGUUACACAUGAGGCUGGCAGAGCGCUUCCGACUCGGGCUCCCCAAAUGAAGGGCUCGAGGUGGGCACUAGUGGUGCCGGGACCUCCGUGUGUCAGGUUGGGGAUCAUGCUAGCGUUGGCGUUGAUUUUCCUGCCAAGCAUGUACUGUGACCUGGGAUCUGUAUAUUACUCUUCUUAUGAAACAGUCAUCCCCAAGAGCCUGACAGUCAAGGGAAGGGAAGACCCAGUGGAAAAGGCAUCCUAUAUGCUCUUAAUGCAGGGCCAGAAAUGGAUGAUUCACCUGAAGGCAAAGAGAGACUGUUUUGUGAAGGACUUUCCAGUCUUCAGCUACCACGGUGGCGUCCUGGGGCAAGAAAUGCCUUUCAUCUCACAUGACUGUCACUAUGAAGGCUACAUAGAAGGAGUCCCGGGUUCUUUUGUUUCUCUCAACACCUGUUCAGGCCUCAGGGGCAUCCUGAUUAAGGAGGGGAAACCCUAUGGCAUUAAGCCCAAGGACACUUCGAAACGCUCUGAACAUGUGUUGUACACGAUGGCACACCAAGCUCGAGUCUCCUGUGGGGUCACUUCCAAAGGCAGCCAAGUGGCGCCUGCCAGCCGGCAGCAGGGGAGCAGGAAGCCUCACAGUCCACAGGCACCGUCCUCCUUUUGGUCACACACCAAGUACGUGGAGAUGUUUGUCGUGGUCAACAACCAGCGGUUCCAAAUGUGGGGCAGUGACGUCAGUGAGGCAGUCCAGAGGGUCAUGGACAUCACCGCUCUGGCCAACAGCUUCACCAGGGGGAUAAACACAGAGGUGGUGCUGGCUGGAAUGGAGAUUUGGACCGAGGGGGACCUCAUAGAAGUCCCGGCGGACUUGCAAGUUACACUCGGGAAUUUCAACAGCUGGAGGCAGGAGAAGCUCUCCCGUCGUGUGAAGCACGAUGUUGCCCACAUGAUCGUUGGACAUCGUCCUGAAGGAGACGUGGGACAGGCAUUUCUCAGUGGUGCCUGUUCAAGUGGCUUUGCGGCAGCCGUUGAGUCCUUCCAUCAUGAAGACGUCCUCCUGUUUGCAGCGCUCAUGGCCCACGAGCUUGGGCACAACUUGGGUAUUCGGCACGACCACUCGGCCUGCGCUUGUAGAGAUAAACGCUUGUGCCUCAUGCGUGAAAAUAUCACCAAAGAAGGUGGCUUCAGCAACUGCAGCUCUGAUUACUUCUACCAGUUCCUCCGGGAACACAAAGGGGGCUGCCUAUUUAACAAGCCUCGGCCCCAACAUCGCCUGCGUAGGAAUGCAGAGUGUGGAAAUGGUGUGUUGGAGGACAGUGAGGAGUGUGACUGUGGACCUGACUGUGGUGAUCACCGGUGCUGUGACCAAACAUGUAGGCUGAAGGAAAAUGCAAAGUGUAGUCCUGGACCCUGCUGUAAUGAAACAUGUGGAUUUGCAGAAAAGGGAUUCAUAUGUCGUCCUGCUCUUGGAGAGUGUGACCUUCCUGAAUAUUGUGAUGGUACGACUGCAAUAUGCCCCCACGACACAUACAAGCAAGAUGGUACAACUUGUGAAAGAGUUCACUAUUGUGUUCAGGGUGUGUGCAGGACCCCGGAUAUUCAAUGUCUACAUGUCUUUGGGUACCCUGCAAGGUCUGCCCCAGAAGACUGUUACAUUUCCAUGAACACCAAAGGAGACCGAUUUGGAAACUGUGGCUUUCCCACAUCACCUAGGUCAGAAUACAUUAAAUGUGAGGAUGAAAACAUAUAUUGUGGGAAAAUCAUAUGUACAAAUAUUAAACAUGUACCAGAAAUUAAACCUAAUCAAACAAUGAUUCAGGUCCCUCAUAAAGAUGAUUUCUGCUGGAGCAUGGAUGUCUAUGACAUUACUGAUAUCCCUGAUAAUGGAUAUGUGCACAUUGGCACUCUUUGUGCCCCAGAGAAAAUCUGUAUGAAUCGCUCCUGCACUGAUCAUGCUGUGCUCAACUACGACUGUGAACCGAAAGAAAUGUGUAAUGGGAGAGGAGUUUGCAACAAUUUAAAGCACUGCCAUUGUGAGGCUGGCUAUGCACCCCCCAACUGCAAAACUGCAGGAAAUGGGGGUAGUGUGGACAGUGGCUCUCCUAGUGCACCACACCCAGGUGAAACUCAAAACACUACCACUGUUCACAAAGAUAAAGAAAAUUUCUCAGACUAUUUGCUCAUAUUACUCCUGAUACUUUUGGGCACAGUAUUGAUAAUUGUUUGUGUCAUCAUCCUUCGUAAAUGUACAAAAGAAGCUCAUCCAGAACCCACAGAAAAGGGUCCAGAAAAGGCUGUGGUAAAGCCCCCAGAGCCUGAAAUACCUGCUGCAGAAAAGGCAGCUGAAGAGCCUCCAUCAGAAGAGAAAGAGAAAGAGAAAGAGGAAGAGGAAGAGGAAGAGGAAGAGGAAGAGGAAGAGAAAGAGAAAGAGAAAGAGGAAGAGGAGGAAGAGGAAGAGGAAGAGGAGGAAUCAGAGCCAUAAGAGGGAGGAAGAAGUCAAAUAUAUCAAACAUCUCAAGCACUGAGUGGGAAUGAAAGGCUCAGGGAUGUAUAGGUGAAGUGGGAAUUGAUAGCUCCAGUGGCUCUAACUAGAAUUAUUCAGUCCGUAAAAAUAUACUAAUGUAGGAGCAGGGAUUCAUCUGCUUUUAUUAUUCAUUUUAGUAACUGAGGUUUUAUUUAUUUAAUAUAGUAAAUGUUUUACUACUUCUUACUUUUCCACGUUUCAUUUGAACCCUUCAUAUGCAUCUAUAGACAUCAUUGUCUGCCUUGGGCCAUUUUUUUCCAUUCACCAGGAACUUUUUUAGGACACGUCAUCUUUCAUGUAAGCUGUUUGACAUACAUUACCACAUGUACCUACAUUUAUUAUUUUCACUUGUUUUUUCAUUGCAAUACCACUACAUAUUAUGAGGACAGUUUUUAAUGUGAGCAAUUUGCCCUAUAAAUGUGCAUUCAGAAAACGAGGAGUGUUUAAAUCCAAAAAUAAAUAA